UUCUCUUCUUCUUUCUUCUCUCCUCUUUUUUUUUUUUUUUUGUUUGGUUUUUCUGUCUGCUCUAUCCUCCUUUCCUCUCUCCUCCCGUGAAUACACCCUAGCGGUUGUCAUUUCGCUCGCUCGUUCGCUGUUUUGCUCUUGCUUAUUGCUUACUCGGCCGAUGGUGGCAUCAAUACUUGAGUAGAUGAGAGAGAGAGAGAGACAGAGCGAAAAGAGCCCCUGCAGAAUCGUUCUUCGUUACGCUCUCGCGUUUCUUGCCCUUGAGCUGCUUCUGCCUCCGCUGUCUCUUGUUACUCUCUACCAAAUGAACUGAGCGGGGUGGAUUUUCCGUUGUGUCGUGGAUAUUGCGGUGCCGUGACUUUGGCGAGGUAGUUGUGAAGUAAUUGUGAAAAGCGAGGCGUUCAGACCCUGAUAAGAAAGGAUAAGGCCGAUCGACACCAUUGGCAUACUUCUCAUGCUGCCAGACUUGUGGAUGACGUGAAUUUGUACCAAAGGGAAUCUACAGUGAUCUUCUUCACUAGAUGUUGAAGUCGAUUGCCAGUGGAUCAAGACUCAUCAUGGGGGAGGAGUUGGGUUAUUUGUGCGAGGUGUAGUGGAAGCGACAGUCAAAUCUGCGAUGUUAUGAUUCUUUUAUCGGUAGUAAUGAGGGGCUGAGGCGGAACAUCCGAAGACUUCCUCAAGUUCAAGUAGGGUUGACGCUACAGCGCAUUUCUCUAGUGAAGCAUGCACAUGUUUCUUGCCUAAUUAGGUUUGUUCAGCUGUGUUAUGGUUCAGCUCUAAAUGGUUUAGAUGACUAUCGUGUUCAGACCGGGCUUGGGUUCAAUUGGGGUGAGUGAAUAGGGUGAGGAGAAGUACCAUUACUAUAGACUUGAUGAUGAUGGAGCAUGAAGAGAACUGGCCUGGUUUUUAAAAUCCGCCGUCGCAAUCUUUCUGUGCUGGCAUCCUCAUCGAAUGUUGUGAUCUGCCGGGCAACGAGAAUAAUUUCUAAUCUUCCUUGAGGAUAUUCCUCCUCGCCAAGUGGUCUGGCAGUGGACAGCAUGUCUUCGGGUAAAGGCGAUGCUCGGCAAGUGAACUGGUCGCAUCCCAUGAGUAGCUCCUCACAGCUUCCUCCAAAGAGCCCUGGGGCGUACUCAAUGUUUGGAUCUGGGUCCAGCCUUUUUGAAUCGGAUCUUUUGGCCAGUCUUCCACUUCGGGGUGGUAGCCACCACAAGCGCACUCCUUCGGCUGGGUACCUACCCAACGUUGUGCCAUUGUGGUUGGAGGAUAUAUUGGAAUCUCCAGAUGGAGAAGUUGUAGUGCGGAAAGGUUCACAUCGACGGUCAUCUAGUGACUCAGUGGCGUUUCUAGACUCUCCUCAAGAUUUAACUAAUUUCGUAGCGAAUGUCACGGAAGAAGAGGAAUUUGUUUUGCGGGAUCCCCCACCUCCGAUUGCACGACCGAGCCAUCGGAGGGGGGUGAGUGCAGAUUUGAAAAGUUCCCAAUAUGAUGUUCCUGGUCCACAGCGACCAUCUCACAGGAGGGGCAUGAGUGCAGAUUAUAACAACAAUAGGUUAGACAAAGAACAGCUGAUGAGCGUGCUUUCUGAGCUGGAGCCAUUCCAGACACAGCAGCCAAGGCAGAGGCCUGAGAAGCACAUCCCUCGAGGCGUUGGACCACCUGGUAUGGUGAGACCAGGGUCAUCUAACGAUAGUUGGAAUCCAGAGAAAGGCAAGAAGCAUGUGACGUUGCCCGUCUCCAACUCGACAUCCGACAGCGUGAGUCAUGAGAGAGGGAGGAAUCAGAAAUCAAAUGUGACGACCUCUGAGAAUCGGUCAACUGGGUCUGACAGCAACAGUCACAGUGAUGAAUCCCAUGACGAACUUCAAUCUGGACAUUUGGGAAGGGAGAAGUUCGAGCAAGAAGCACAGAGCAAGAGGGAAGGUGAUGGGUCACGACAGGCACAAGGCGAUGGUACGGAGGUGGACCCAAGUCUGGAUCCGAAGAAGGCUAAGAGAAUUCUUGCCAACAGACAGUCUGCUCAGAGAUCUCGUGUACGAAAGCUGCAAUACAUAUCAGAGCUGGAAAGAAGUGUGAAUGCGUUGCAGACCGAGGUUUCAACGAUGUCGCCUCAGGUGGGGUUCUACGAUCAUCGCAGGGCUCUUCUUACUGCAGAGAAUGUUUUGCUGAAGCAAAAGUUAGCGGCGCUUAGUCAAAGCCAGCGGUACAAGGAGGCUCAAAAUGAGUCUCUGAAGAAAGAGGUCCAGAGGCUUCUUCAGAUUUUCAAUCAGCAGAAUCAGUCGCAGCAGCAGAUUCAAGUGGUACAGCACCGACCUCUAUCUCCCAAUGCCUUCGAGAUUUCCCAGCAGCAGUUAAGCAAGCUGGACUUGGGUCCUAAUAUCCCAAAGCCUAAGUCUCCAGAUCUAUAUUCAUCGGGAGUAAACGGCAAGAACUCGAGUGGAUUGUCAUCAUCACUGUUCGCUGGAGGGGUGGUUUCACCACAGAUGCGAAGUGGCAGCAAUGUGGUUAGGCCACCAUCACAUCCUGCGAAAGUCGGGGUAAAUACAAGUUGUAUGGCUCCGAGCAGUGGGAAAAAUUUGGAGGGACGGAUGAUGGGAGGGUCUGGGACGCUACCAUCGGAUUUUAUGGUUCAUAACUCUUGAAAAAUGGGAGGUCGCGAGGAUGAGAAAUACCAAAUUUCGGUAUGCGAACGACAUUCGCUUAUCUUGGUAGGUCGUAGUCAAGGAACGGUCUACAAGGGAGAUCCCACUUUUUUCAUGGGUGCACAGGGCGUGGACUUACUUAAGAACCUGAACAUGGAGAAGGCAUGUUCCCGUCUACGGGACACAUUAGAUGUGCAUGGGUUGCCGCCUGGACUUAUGUUGUGAUGGAUAGGGCAUGCUGAGGUGUGAAGUCCCAUGGCAACGGGCCGUGUGACGUGUCAGGAAGCUGAUAUAGUCUUUACUCUGUUCUUUCAGCUUCCGCUUCCACCCCUGCCCUUAUGGCUUGGUAUCGCAGUGUCUUCUGGAUUGGAGUCCUCUUGGACGUAUAUGAGAUGCCCCUGCAUACUGAGUCUCACCCACUUGGGGAUCUGCAGCCAAGAUCUUUUGUAAGGGGAAUUCGUUUCAUUCACAUUCGUCCCUCCAGAUGUUUUCUGCAUUUGCCUGCUCAUCUUGAGUAUGGCGUGUUGGUUGUAUAAACGUGCGUUUUGAA